AUGACCCAGGUGAUAAAGCUCAAAGCCCAGGCGCCGGGGAGCGCGGAGGAGCUGCGGUGUCUGCAGGUUAUCAAUCAGCAGCAGGAGGGCUCCAGCCUGGAGGAGCUGAUCAGCAACCAGUCCUGCCUCAAGCUGGCCAACACCAUCAAAGCCUAUGUGGCCACGGUGGCGGAGAACGUUAUCCGCAGGAGCGCGGUGAAGGAGGCCCGGCGGAGCUACUUCAACAGCUCGGAGGGGCAGGUUCCUCCCAAAACAGCCGGCAAGCCCUCGGCACAUCUCACCCUCCGCCCACAGAGCCUGGCCCAGGAUGGAAACUCCAAGCGCUUCGGGAACCUCUCCCAGUCCUGCCGCCACGCCAUCGCCCGCUGGGAAGACAGCACCAUCCACUCGCACCUGCAGAACAUCACCUACCGGGAUGGCCGGCUGCGGGUCAACCAGGGGGGCAAGUACUACGUCUACUCCCAAAUCUACUUCCGCUACCCCAGCGACGGGGCCAGCACCCGAGUCUCCGUCCCCCAGCUCGUGCAGUGCAUCAACUGGAAGACCUCCUACAGCCAGCCCAUCCUCCUGCUCAAAGGGGUCGGCACCAAGUGCUGGGCGCCCGAGGCGGACUACGGGCUCCAUGCUCUCUACCAGGGGGGACUGUUUGAGCUGAAGGCCGGCGAUGAGCUCUUUGUCUCCGUCUCCUCCUUGGCCAUCGACUACAACGAUGCAGCAGCCAGCUACUUCGGGGCCUUCCGGCUCGACCUGUGACAGCCGCCUCCGCCUCCCACCUUCCCGCUGCUCCGGCCCCUCGGCUCUCCCGCAUGGCCCCGGGGCAGCAGCUAUUUGAACAGGACAACAGCCAAAUGGCCUGGAGCAGGGGGGGGGCCUGCUGCAGGGUCCUUCCCUGCGUGCCUUGUGGCGAGGGACAAGCUGGAGGAGGGCACAGGGGGUGGCUGCCCGCAGGGACCCCCCCGUGCUCGGUGCCACACGGGGCCCCGCCGUCCAGCCAGGAGGAAGCCCACAAGCCAGGAAGGGUCUCUGAGGACCCACGGGAGACAUGCACGAGGGGGGGACGUCCCAGCCCUGGUGGCACAUCACCUCCCUGCCUCCUGUCUGAGCAAAUGGAGCAGGUAGCACCAAACGGCUCCCUGCUGCAGGAGAGGCACCGGGGUCACAUCUGCAACCGCAAGACAAAGCGUCCCCAUGGCAGGAUGACCCUCUGCAAGUCUGACCCCACGUCUGGCAGGGGCAGACCCGGCCAGGCUGUGGGUGCUCGGGGACCCCGAGCUGGAGGCGCUGGGACAGAAGCCGGGGUUAGCAGAGAGCAGCGGCACGGCGAGCACAGGCGCAGGGCUGGCACCCCCGGGGACAGCCUGCAAGUAUGAGGCGGGUCCAGCAUCAGCUUCUGGAAAGGAGUGAAGGAGUUUCAGUUCAGGCUAAUUAGAAACUGGAGCGAUUACAGCAAUCAGUUUCAGGGCGGGUCAAAGAGCAGGACCAUGAAGCUGGAGUAAUCACCAGCCCAAGCAACCGCACCCGGGCACGUGGCAGGGAGGUGCAUUUUGCCCAAGCCGAGCUGCACAGGACCAUCCGGCCCAGGAGCUUGCCAUCACACCUCCCCUUCGCUUCUGACCAAGCAUCUCCUUCCUUGGGGUUUUUGGUUCUCCUAGCCCUGUUGGGCCAGCGCAGCCACCCGCUUGCUCACAUCUUUGGCCCCAGCAAUCGUUAACCUGCAGGAUUUCAACUCAUGGGUGAGCCCUGGCAGCAGCAGCACAGGACCCAGGAGGGACAAGACCAACCCCUUGGUGUUAAAGGCCAUGUCAGAUGCAAAAGGUGGGUUCAAGCAGGGCAGAGCGUGGUCAGGCUGGCUCGGCCCACAGACGCUGGGGUGGAUGCAGCCCCCUUUUGUAAUUACCUGUAUACCCUCUGUAUCAUAUUAAGACUGUUGGUGUGUAUGGACAGGAUGGCAGCACAGGCUCCCACGAAGGAUGCAAGCACACACCACACCCCCCGCCGGCACGGCUGCCAGGGGGGCUCUCAGUGCUGGUUUAAAUAAAGCCUGUACUCC